AUGGACAACUUCUCAUUCAGUCACAGCAUUCUGCUGGUGGAGGGACUCAAAGUUACACCUCAGUCAUCGUAUCCUGUUUUUAUUCUGCUUCUCUUGGUUUAUAUCUUUAUAAUGGUAGCAAACAUUGGACUUAUAAUUAUGAUCUCAACAGAGAAGAAUCUGCAUCACCCUAUGCAUUUACUCUUCUGUAAUCUACCACUGAAUGAUAUAUUAGGUACCACUGUCGUAUUGCCACGGUUAAUGCAGAAUAUUUUAAAAGAAGCCUCAGAGCGAUAUAUUACAUACGCUGAGUGUGUUUUGCAAGCUUAUUUUGUGCAUGUUUUUGCAGUGGCAUGCCACUAUGUGUUAAUGAUCAUGGCCUUUGACAGAUAUGUGGCUAUAUGUAAUCCAUUACGAUAUUCAGCUAUAAUGACCAAUAAAAUGGUGGUUAAAUUAUCAGUACUAGCUUGGGGGCUGGCCAUACUUUUGGUGACAAUUCUGUUAGGCCUCACCGUCCGUCUCUCUCACUGCAGAUAUAAAAUUGAAAAUCCUUUCUGUGACAAUGCCUCGCUGUUUAAACUGUCCUGUGAAGAUGUAUCUGUUAAUAAUGUGUUUGGACUCAUUUACACUGUUAUUGUUUUUACCUUAUCACUUGGUUCUGUAUUUAUAACGUAUAUCAAGAUUGCUACUGUGUGCAUUACCAGCAAAAACAAAGCGCUCAACAGCAAAGCCAUAAAAACCUGCAGCACUCACAUAGCUGUUUUUUUAAUCAUGUUUGUUUCUUGUGGCACUUUUAUAUUUCUUCAUCGUUUUCCUGAAUACUCUGACAGCAGGAAACUAGCUAGUAUAAUGUUUCACAUUGUACCACCAGGAUUAAAUCCUUUAGUGUAUGGCUUACAAACCAAAGAGAUAAGACAUAAAAUUGCUAAAUUUCUGUGCAAAAGAACAAAACUGAAUCUGUAG